AUUGGUCAAUGCCAUCCCACGUAUCACGAUAAUAACACGGUUGAUUCUAUUUAACAUCAUUGUCUUGUUUUUCAACGUUAUUGUCGAAAAUAAUUUGUAACAAGUCAGUUCAGUCCACUUAUUAAUAACUGUUGUUUUUAUUUUUAUUAAUCAAAAUGAUUACAGAAAUAUUAGUGUUCACAUUAACGUUUAUUGUCGGGUACUUUUUUUAUCUUCAUAAAUUAGCUACAAACAGGUUUAAACAAUGCGACGUGAAAUUUGUACCGUGUUGGCCAAUAUUCGGUAACGUCUUUUACAGUGCUAUAAUGAAGAAGCACAUAUUAGAAGACAUCAAUGCCGUUUAUACAGCUUUCCCGAAUGAGAAAUAUGUUGGCUUCAUCGAAGCCAUCCAGCCGAUAAUCUUGGUGCGUGACCCUGACCUGAUUAAGACUAUCACAGUGAAGGACUUCGAUCACUUCAUGGACCACAAGCAGUUUUUCCCUUCGGACAUCGACCCUCUGUUCGGAGGCAGCAUACUUAUGAUGCAAGGUGAAAAAUGGCGCGACAUGCGAAUGACCCUCAGUCCGGCGUUUACUGGCGCCAAGAUGCGACACAUGAUGCCGUUUAUGACCGAGAUCAGUCAGAAUAUCAUCAAGUACUUGAAUGAAGAUGUCAAAGAGAAGGAAGACGUAGAUAUUAAUGACCUCAUCCGUCGGUACACCAACGACGUCAUCGCAUCGGCCGGUUUCGGCAUCGUCGUCGACUCCACCAAGGAAAAAGACAAUGACUUCUUUACGCACGGCCAGAGCAUUUUCAAUUUUCGAAUUUGGCAGAGGAUUGUGUUCUUUUUUGCCUUCGCGGCGCCAGGUAUUAUCAAGAAACUAAGGAUCCCGCUAUUUCCCAAGAAUACCACCACAUUUUUCAGGCAGCUCGUGUCAUCUACAAUAGAAUACAGAGAGAAGAACAAUAUUGAACGUCCUGACAUGAUCCAGCUGCUGAUGGAGGCUUCAAAAGGGAAACUGAAAGAAAACUCUAAAGGAAACGAAAAAGAUAAUGUGGGAUUCGCUAUAGUAGAUGAAGCUCUUAAACCGCAAAGUGUAACUAGAAAAUGGACUUUUGAUGAGCUAACUGGUCAAGUUUUCGUAUUCUUUGUGGCUGGCUUUGAAAGCUCUGGCAGUGCCCUCGUCAUGACUAUACAUGAAUUAGCUUUAAACCUGCAUGUUCAGGACAAAUUGUACCAGGAGAUCAAAGAAUUCAAAGAGAAUAACGAUACUUUGACGUACGACAACAUCGGUGAUUUGAAGUACUUGGACUGCGUUUUGAAUGAAACAUUGAGAAAGUGGUCGUCAGCAUUAAUAAUGGACAGAUGUUGUACAAAAGCUUAUGAACUACCUCCAACUAGGGAAGGAGGCAAGCCGUUUAAACUGAAACCGGGAGACAUAGUCUACAACAUGGUGAACACCAUCCACAUGGACGAGAAGUACUGGCCUGAACCGGAAAAGUUUGACCCUGAAAGGUUCUCUGACGAAAACAAACAUAAAAUCAAGCCUUUUACCUUUAUGCCUUUCGGAAUGGGACCUAGGAACUGUAUUGGUGAGUAG